AUGGAGGAGAACUUGAUCUCGGCUGGCCUUCCUGCCAAUCGGAAGCAGGGAAAAGUUAGCUACGUUUUCGGUAACCAGGGAGAUGGCAGCGGGGAGAGGAAGCAUGAUGCACCCCAGAGAUGCCAACCACAUUCCUGCACAUGUGGCGACAUGGGCUCGCUGUCUGAGUAAGCGAGUGAGUCGGACACCAAUUAUAGCACCUCAGAAGGAAACCAUUCCGCAGAGGGACGUAAUGGCUGUCUGGCUGGGUCACAGGCAAAAAAUGCCGGGCUUUGGGAAUGGGAACCCGGCAACGACGCAGCUGCUUCGCAACACACUCCUAUUUACAGAUUGAUGCAAUUGACGAUGACAUUGCAGCAGAUCAUUGCUCGGGUUGAUGCAGUGGCUAAGAGGCUAGGCCACAAACCAGGAAGCCCUGGGUUCGAGUCUCGCCUCAGCUCAUGACCUCACUAGGUGGCCUUGAGCAAGCAGUUGGUUUUCUCAGCCCAACGGCCAGCGACACGGGCAAUAACAAGGCAGGCCUACUUUGCACACUCUCAGAAAUUAUUUCAACGGUUCUGCAUGCUUACCAUGAAGGACAUUCUCCAAGAUGACAUUAAAUGUCAGAAAAAAAUAUAAUAUAGAAGUCCUUCUGCUCACUUGCACCUGGGAUUUGAUGUUACCGUGCAGUGUUAUAUGCUGUUUAAAUGUGUCCAAGCUGUGUUCGUUAUUUCAUAUAUUACUUGUUAUAAGAAAAGUUUAAAUUUUUUUUUAAAAGGAUUGAUUCUGCAUGCUAAUCAGCAGACCUGGUGGCAUAUGUGGCUCAAUAGGUACAACAUCUGCACUGUCUGCUGAAAGUCCCGGAUAUGAUCUCCCAGCUGGGUUUGCAAUGCCCCCACUCUGAAACCCUGGAGAGCUGCUGCCAGUCAGUGUAGACAAUAUUGAGCUAGAUGAUCUGACGGUCUAACUUAGUAUAAGGCAGCUUCUUGUGUUACUGUGGAUUCCUUUCUAGACUGCAACUGCCGAAGAACUGGGAAUUCCAGCUUGCACCAGCAGCAAACACCCACAGCCCAACACCAGCCUAUCUUGUUCUGCCAACAGGCCUGGAGGUUUGAAAUUCUAUCCGGUCUGUAAAAUUCCUGCUGGAUGGCAACCUCAGAGGUCGUAUUUGGAAACGCUGAGGGUGCAAGUGAGAAAGCAGUGCAAGGCCUUCUCACUUCCAGAAGAACAAAGGAAGAGCCUGUCUGCUGGAUCAGGCCAAAGGCCCAUCGAGUCCAGCAUCCUGAUCUUACAGGGGCCAACUAGAUGCUUAUCAAAGCCCACAAGCAAGGUUCAAGUGCAAGAGCACUUCCCCACUGGUAUUCAGGGGCGUAGGUGGAGCAUAGUGGUGGUAGAACAUAGCCGUCAUGGCUAGUUGUCACUGAUAGCUCUGUCAUAGAAUUACAGAACUGCAGCGUUGGAAAGGGUCCCGAGGGUCAUCUAGUCCAACCCGCUGCAAUGCAGGAAUCUCAGCUAACACCCAGGACAGAUGGCCAUUCAGCCGCUGCUUAAAUACUCCAAGGAAGGAGACUCCUGAGGGGGACCGUUCCUCUGUCAAACAGCUCUUACCGUCAGAACGUUUAGUCAGAAUCUCCUUUCUUGUAAAUUGAGGCCACUGGUUCGAGUCCUACCCUCCAAGGCAGGAGAAAACAAGCUUGCUCCGUCUUCCACGUGACACGUACCCUUAAGAUAUUUGAAGAUGGCUAUCGUAUCUCCUCUUAGUCUCCUCGUUUCCAUGCUAAACAUGCCCAGCUCCUUCAACCGUUCCUCAUAAGGCUUGGUUUCCAGUCCCUUGAUCAUCUUGGUUGCCCUCCUCUGCACAUGUUCCAGCUCGUCAACGUCCUUCUUAAAUUGUGGUGCCCAGAACUGAACACAGUAUUCCAGGUGUGGUUUGACCAAGGCAGAAUAGAGUGGUACUAUUACUUUUUCUUGUCCUGGACAUUAUAGUUCUGUUGAUGCAACCUAGAAUAGCAUUACCUUUUUUUUUUGCUGCUGCUGCUGCAUCACUCUGCUGUCUCAUGUUAACCUUGUGGUCCACUAAGACCCCUAGAUCCUUUUCACAUGUACUGCUAGUAAGCCAGGUGUCCCCCAUAUUGUAUUUGUGCAUCUGGUUCUUUCUACUUAAAUGCAGAAACUUACACCUUGUCCCUAUUGAAAGUUAUCAUUCAUUAAGUUGUAUACUGUAAUUCCCUUUCUAAAGCCAUCCAAGUUGGCAGCUGCCACAAUAUCUAGUGGGAGCAAACUCCACGGUUGCUGGGAGUGGUUAGGAUAGGUUUGGGAAACUAUGGCCCUCCAGAUGUUGCUGAGCUACAAUUUCACCAUCCCUGGCCAUUGGCUAUGCUUUUUCGGCCUGAUGGGAUUUAUAGUUCAGCAGUUAGAUAGGAACUGGAGUGUUAGACUGGCCACUGUGAGAACAGGAUGCUGGACUAGAUGGGCCCAUGGCCUGAUCCAGCACACAGGCUCUUCUGACAGUCUUAUCAACAGGCUCAGGCAAACCCCAAAGUUUGCAGAAGUAGAAACUAUCUGGGGGAGGGGCAACCUGCCUCCCCAGUCGCCCAUGAUCAGCGAGCACAGAAUGCUGCCUGACUUGGGGAUGGGGUGGGGUCGGAUAUAGUGAAAAGGGGCAUGGCUUGCAAGCCCCAAAAGGGGCACUCCACGCUGCAACAUUUUAUUGCAGGUCCCACUUCCAUAGUUUAAAUCAUUGUCUCUUGAUAAUGAUUUAUGCAUCUACCGCCCCAGGCAAAAAAAUGAGGUUGCACUGAGCAACAGGAAUCAACAGCUGAAACUUUGCCCCUAUCCCCUCCUGGACUUUGGGAAAAUCCACCAAACACUUCACUCUUUUAUUAAGCAAGUGGGGGACCUGUGGUCCCAGCCCAGAUACUGACGAACUACAACUCCCCUCGUCUCUGACCAUUGGCCUGUUAUUGGCUGAUCUGAAGGGCCACAGAUGCCCCUCCUCCUCCAAACUCUGCUUCAUCACAGCUUCAUUUGUCCCAGGCCCAGGGCAAUUCAUUGAUUUUCAUUCAUUUAUUUAUUCGCCUCCACUGAAAGGUCGAAAGGCCCUUCGGGCGGGCGGAAUAGAAGGGAGGGGGGCACAUUGCAAAACAUGUGCUGGGGCUUAAGAAAUUAUCUCAAAUAAAGCCCCCUUAAUGACCCAGGUCACGUUUUUUAAAAAGAGCCUUCCCUAUUUCACAGGCCGGUGCCUUUAAAAUUUUUUUAAAAGGACAGAAAAACAGCCGUAGAAGCUUUGACUCAUCUUGCUUAUUAUAGGCUCUUGCUGUCUGCCUGGUUUAGCCGUCUCUUAGUAACCCUGUGCACCACCAGACACACACACACACACACACACACACACACACACACACACACACACACACGGGAAGGCGGAGCUUGGAGAUCAGCUGUCAGCGGCUAGGCUCCGCCCCUCCCCACAUUCCCCAACGCACAGUAAGCGCAAAGACCAGAGCCCCAUCCUCCCAUUCAUAAGCAAGGCUGAGCCAGCCUGCUUCUCAGCUGUUCUGGUGAGAGCAGACAGGAGGGAUACCUUUCGGCUUGCGAAGCUUCUGCGGACCAGGUAAGCUGCCCCAAAGCAUAAGCCCUUGGAUGGUGGGCAGGUGGAGGAGAAGGAAGCUUGAAAGCGUUGCCUCUCCUAAAGGCGAGGGGAGAGGACAGAGAAACAAAGGCAAAGAGGGAGAAAGCAACUCAUCUCGCCAACUCUAGGCAGGUUUGCAAGGUGCUUUUGGGGAACGCGGUCCAGAAGUGAUGCACUUGGGAGGAAAACGCCGGCCACCCACUGAGUCUGGGGGCUGCCGGUUCGGGGAGCGAAUCGUGAAACGGGAUCCAGAGAGAGAGAGAGAGAUGACUUGUGGAAUUGGGGCACGAUGAGCUAGGCUUCUCAAGUGCAAGAGUGGUAGGUGCAUGGGCGUUUAUGCUCCAAGAUCGCACUUGUGGCUAUUUACUCCCAAAGAACGUCUACACUGAUGCUGAGUCGGGGAUGGGGAGGGACACGCUGGACGUACUUUUCUGUUCAUUUAAACUGCUGGAUAUUCCACCCUCGGUAAUCUGUUUCAAGAGCAGGCUAUAGAAAGCUGCUUUGCACAGAGUCGGAGCACUGGUGCACCUAGCUCAGCAUGCCUACACAGGCUGGCAGCAGCAGACCCCCCCCCCCCGGCAAGGGGUUUCUCCUAGCCCUACCUGAAGGUGCUGAGGAUGGAAACUGAGACUUUCUGCAUGCGACGCAGAUGCUCUGUCUCUGUUGCUCUGCCGCUUCCCUAGAGAAGGUCCCACCCUCCACCCCAGCCUAUUUGCCAAGAGGUUUCUUCGAGCGUAUUUUGGUAUGGUGCCUCCAAGUCUCCUACCUGGUGCUAGUGAUAUUGGAAAGUGUUACGUUCGCUCUUGGUAUUGUGUAGUUGUUGGGGGGAGGGGGGGAGCAAGCGAAGAAUUGGCCAGAAUAUAUAGUUUCAUCCGCUCUGGUUGGAAAGGAGGAGAAAACUAAAACAACAACAACAAAUUGCCCUGUUCUUUUUAAAAAGCAGGCAUCUUCGAGGCUUGCUUUUCCCCCUCUGCUCCUGCAAAAAUCCCUCCGACGUUUUUGCAGAGGACAGCUGGUCAGAAUGAUCUGCUGUUAAUUAUUGAUUUAAACGGUUACAGAUCCUUUUCAUUAUGCGCUGCUCAUUCAGAACUUUCCAAAGGAGGGUUUUUGUUUUGCUUUCACCAGGCCACAUUGUGCUGGCCAGCUUUUUAAUGUUGGGUAGAGAUCCCAUCACACACAAACACCUCCCCCCCCCCCCCGUUUUUUUAAUACACAACGUAUUAUUUCGAUGAGGGAGCUGUUUUAAAACCAAAACAAUGUGGUUGUCCUUCACAGCCACCCUCUGGAGGUGGAGAUAAAUAUUCCCGUUUUACAGAAGGGGAAAGUGAGGCAUAGAGCCACCCACUGAGAUUGGGGUCACAUCCACUCUCUACAUUUAAAGCACUUUAUACCACUUUAUCAGUCAUGGCUCCCCCCUCCCACAAAAAAUACCUUGGGAAAUAUAGUUUGUGAUGGGUGUUGGGAACUGUAGUUCUGUGGGGGAUAAACUACAGUCCACAGGAUUCUUUGAGGAGGGGAAGCCAUGACUGUUAACAUAAAUGUGCUUAAAUUGUAUGGUUUGGAUGUGACCUAGGUUUGAGGUGGGAUUUGAAUUCUCAUCUCUCAGAUUCAAAUCAUAAUAAGCACAUAAUGUUCUAUUGUCUCAUACCAGGAAUGGGGAGCCUGUGGGCCUCCAGAUAUUGCUGAACUCCCAUCAGCCCCAGCCAACAGGGAGGAAUAGGGGGAGUUCUUGGCCAAUGUACAACCCAUAGAGUUUCUUUGUUCCAGGAGCUGUUGGCUUCUGAUGCACUCCACUCUCUAAUCGUGUGUGUAUAUGAAGGUGGGAGGUGCAAAUACUACACACCAUAAAUUUAAAGUAUGUUGCUUCCCCCAAAUAACCCUGGGAAUUGUAGUUUACCCCUGCGGCACUACAAAUCCCAGCGCCCUUAACAAACUACAGUUCCCAGGAUUCUUUGGGGAGAGACAUGUGCUUUAAAUGUACGGUGUGUAUGCCAGUCAGAGGUUCAAACAGCGGGUCAAUAUUGAUUGCCUACAACUCCCACAAUCCUUGACCAUUGGCCAUGCUGGCUGGGGUUGAUGGCAGAUGUAGUCCAAUGACAUACAAAGGACUGUAGGUUCCCCCCACGCCUGCUGUACCUGUUUAAGACCAGGCAACAUCAGAGGUUCAGGGGAAAUGUAUUAACUUUGCAAUGCAAGGAUCGAACCUGCAACCUUGGUGUUAUCAGCACCACACUAGUUUAGCCCAUGGGUAGGCAAACCAAGGCCCGGGGGCCAGAUCCAGCCCAAUCGCCUUCUCAAUCUGGAUGGUCUGGGAAUCAGAGUGUUUUUACAUGAGUAGAAUGUGUCCUUUUAUUUAAAAUGCAUCUCUGGGUUAUUUGUGGGGCAUAGGAAUUUGUUCAUAUUUUUUUUCAAAAUAUAGUCCAGCCCCCCACAAGGUCUGAGGGACAGUGGACCGGCCCCCUGCUGAAAAAGUUUGCUGACCCCUGCAGUCUAGCCAACUGAGCUAAGUGGUGUUGUGUGGUGUCAGACUGUUAAGCAAAUAAUUGUGUAGCUCCUAAGCAGGGUUGACAUAUGUCCAUAAUUUCCUGGACAUAGCCAGUAUUCAGUCCUUGUAAACAGCGUCUGGGAAAUCACUGAAAUGUCUAGGAAAAUCUGGGUGUACGGUAGCCGGUAAUGUAGUUUUUGGCGAUUUUCAUUACAAAUAGCUCAGAAUUUUUUUGGGGGGUGGGGAGAUGUCCCAAUAAAAGCUCAACAACUCUGGGGGGAAACCCCCAGCUUUUGUGUCUGAAUUUUCACUUUUUGAAAUAUGGCAACCCUACUCCUAAGCAUCUACUUAGGUGUGGAAGGUUUGGACCCCCCAACUCAGUGGAUAUCUUUGUUUUAUACCCACAAGACCAUGUUCCAUGGUCAGAAGGGUGAUGGGGGUCAUAGUCUGGCAACUUCCAGGGGGAAAACCCAGAUAAUACGUACAAAGAGAAAAGCAAACAUUAACAGCAAAACUUUAUCAAUUCAACACAUGUAGCUUUUGAUAAUAGAGUCAUAAGAAAAAUAACAUACCAGGAGUGAAUAAAAUGGUUACCAUUAUAAAAUUAUAAACGCGGUAUAAAAACACAAUUUACGUUGUACACUGGGGGAAAUAGGAAAUGAGAAAAAAUUCUUGCCUGUUUAUAGAUGCCGCCAAAUAAAAUCAUAUUUCAAAGGGAUUUGCCACCCCUGUGACAUAUAUUUAAUAAAUAACCACCAGACAGAGGUAAAAUUGGAAAGAUCAGUGUCACCCUUAGCCUCUUGAAUAUUGCAUGUCAAUUUCUCUGAGGUAGCAAUGAACGUAACUUUUUUAAAAAGCAGGUAUCUAGUCUUUCCAACCUUAAGCGAUUCCUAAUUGAGAGAGUUCCUAGCUAACCAGUGGCAUACAAAUGUUCAAAGUAAAACAUAUGCUUCUAGGAAACCAUCACUCUAGCUAUAAAAAGUACAUUGAAUAGUUAAGGUUAAAUUAGUGUUCUAAGCAGCUAGAUCUCAGUAUUUUAUAGACUGUGGUCCAGUGAUUUGGGAUUUUGUUUGUUGCUGGUCUAAACCACUGAGCCUAGGGCUUGCCUAUUGGAAGGUCGGCAGUUCGAAUCCCCGCAAUGGGGUGAGCUCCCGUUGCUCAAUCUCAGCUCCUGCCAGCCUAGCAGUUCGAAAGCACGUCAAAGUGCAAGUAGAUAAAUAGGUACCACUCUGGUGGGAAGGUAAACGGUGUUUCCGUGCGCUGCUCUGGUUUCGCCAGAAGUGGCUUAGUCAUGCUGGCCACAUGACCCAGAGAAACUGUCUGCGGACAAACACCGGCUCCCUCGGCCAGUAAAGCGAAGUGAGUGCCGCAACCCCAGAGUCAUUUGCGACUGGACUUAACUGUCAGGGUUCCUGUACCUUUACCUUUAAAAAUACAUUCACUUUUCUCAUUCUGUGGAAUCAACAGAGCAACAGAAACACUCUUCAUUUCCUUGUGGCAGAUGCAAAGCUGAUUUAGUGAAAACCUUCAUUUUACCCUAGCUCUCAUCGUAUUUGAUUCUCAUUUUACCAGAGAGCUGUCGGUGAACUCCCAGCAACCAUACUUUUUAAACAAAAUGUUCUUGUUAGGCUCUUGGAUCUGCAGUUUCCCAACCCCUGCUCUUAAGGAAGCCUGCCGAAGCUUCCUAGGAACUUCAGCCUUCCCCAAACAAAUCUGCAGUAGUAUGCCUCCCAACUCAUGGCUCAGUAGCUUCUCGAAUGCCUCCCACUAACUCCUAAGAGGCAGAUAAAACAGGCCACAACCUGAAAUGAGAUACACCCAAGAAAGAGAACAAGUUCCAAGUCUCAGCAUUCAUUUAACUGUAAAAUUGUAGAGCUGGAAGGGAUCCCCGAGGGUCAUCUAGUCCAACCCCAUGCAAUGCAGGAAUCUUAACAUGUGGUCUCCCAUCCAAUUUUAAACCUUACUGGACCCUGCUUAGCUUUGCAAAUGUGCUAGCAGUUUUAUUGCUGAGGCAGCAGUCUUCACCAGCUUGCACCAGCACCAGCUCCCAUGAAAGAUGGUCUAGGCCAGCCUUUCCCCAACCUGGUGCCCUGUUGGACUCCAACUCCCAUCAGCACCCCCAGCCAGCAAGGCCAGUGAUGACUGAAGUUUUAGUCCAACAACACUGGGAAGGCUGUAGGCACAAUGGUCCAGGAUGAUGCCAAUCUGUAUAACCAGCCCUGUCCAGGAUGUACCAUACAUAUCAUACUGUAUAUACCAGGAGUGGGAAACCUCUGGCCCUCAAGGUGUUGCUGAACUACAAUUCCCAUCACCCCCGCCAAAACAGCAUGGCCCAGUGCCCGGGGAUUAUGGGUGUUGCAGUUCAGCAACAUCUGGAGGGCUACAGCUCCCCACCCCCCUUUAGAUACCCUGAUUAUAUAGCAAGUUUUGCUUUUUAUCAGAAACUCAGUCCAGGCCUUUGCUUUAGAUGGAGAAAGAAAGCUGAUUCUAUUGCCUUGCCCCAGCCUUUAUUAAUAAUCCUUACAUCGACUGCAACUCCCAUGAGUGGCAUUUGGACAUUGCUUUGGCAUGUAUUUCCAAGCCCCUUCAUCUCAAGCUGAAUAUAUAUAUAUAUAUAUUUCCCUUGGCGGCAAAUCUGUGCAUACUCAUGGUGUCUGGUUCUUAUCGCAACACCCAGGGCACCCAGGCACAUAAACCGAGCCUAAAGCACACUCCAUUAACACCUCCAAAAACAAGAGCAAGUCAAAGGCACCACGUUUAAAUUGCAAAUUCAUGGAUAAUCAGCCUUGUCCUGCCUAGCACUUGCUGAAGAAAAUGGCUACAAAUCUGCAGCUCGCUCUACCUUGGGAUCUGCAUCAUAAAUAAAACCAUCUUCAUUUGCAGUAAGAGUUCCUUUAAAAAUGGGUUGCCUGCAGACAAGCAGUGAUGGGUUUGAGGGUAUGCAGGGGUGCAUUUUUUUAUUUUGCUUCUUUUUAAGGCGAGGAGCCUGUCACCCUCCAGAUAUUGCUAGACUACAAUUCCCAUCAUCCCUGGCCAUGCAGGCGAAUGCUGAUGACAACUGGAGUCCCAACAACUGUGGAGCCACAAUCUUCCCAUUCCUGCCCAAAAGGGAGAGACCACGCAACCGGUGUGAGGGAACUUGUGGCCCUCCAAAUGUUACUGGACUCCAAAUCCCAUCAGCCCCAGCCAGCAUAUUCAGAACUCAUGGAUGAUAGGAGUUAUAGUACACCAACAUCUGGAAAGCCACCGGUUCCUUGCCUCUGCCAGCGCCCUAACAAAAAAUUGUAUAUACAUACACAAAUUUGGCCAUAUUCUCGGCAAAGUCUCCUAGGCAGCUCAGUUUACCCGCUCCCUUCAAACCCUUAUCUUCUUUACCUCAACAGUCAAGGAGAAAGGAGGCUUAAUGGCUUAAAAUCCUUUAGUACUUCUGGCCUCCUUUACUUAAGGAACUGCUUUAUUUCCUCUUCAAGGCCAGCCUUUUAACUUUGGGGAAUGUCUAAGGGAAAUGGGGGGCCCCCUCUAAUAUAUAAUUAAAAGAUGGUCAGGAUUAACAAGUGUGUUUUGAAGAAGAUGGAUUCUGCAUUUGUGCUGGGGCUGGUAGUUUAAAUGAGGGAGAAGUCGACCUCAAGGCCAACAGGAAGCUGAGCCCUUCUGACCUGGAGGCCUCACUCCAAGCUCAGAGACACAGGGAUGAUUGUUAGCAAAACAUCCAGGAAGCAAGCCUUCGCAGUAGACAUGUCAAAGGCUCAGGCUUACCUGGAACUAACUCUCUCAUGUGAAACCUCCCCACUUGUGAAGAUCUCAUUAAAAUGGCCACCAAUUUAGAUGGCUUCUAAAAAGAUUGGACAGUUCCCUGGCAGAUAAAACCAUCAAUGGCUAUUAGAGAUGUACAAAUGUGUCAGUUUGGUUUCCCUCACUUUCUCCAGUCUCCAGUUCUCCAUGUCUGCAAGUCAGUUUGUAGGGAGGGGUUUAAGUCCUCAUGAAAAUGCAUCAGCAUUUCAAUGACUUUUUCUCCUAAUACAGUGGUACCUCAGGUUACAUACGCUUCAGGUUACAUACGCUUCAGGUUACAGACUCCGCUAACCCAGAAAUAUUACCUAAGGUUAAGAACCUUGCUUCAGGAUGAGAACAGACAUUGUGCUCUGGCAGCACGGCGGCAGCAGGAGGCCACAUUAGCUAAAGUGGUGCUUCAGGUUAAGAACAGUUUCAGGUUAAGAACAGACCUCCAGAACGAAUUAAGAACUUAACCCAAGGUACCACUGUAUACACAUUUUUGCAAUUAUAAUGCAGUUUAAAAUAUUAUUUUCACCAAUACUUGGGGGUUCCCAAUCUGUGGUCCCUGACCGUCAUUCAAGCGGUCCAUGGCAUAUCCGCAUUAUGUGUUUAUAUUGAUUUUCAAUUAUCUUCUUCAUGCUGCUUUUAUUUCUUAGGUUAUAAUUUAUUGUAUUAUGAUUUGAGUUCUAUGGAAUGAGAAGUCUAAAAGAAUAGAGUACAAUAAAAAAUAAAAUAAGCAAUAAAAAUACAAGGGCAAAUGAUACAGCACCUAGCACCAGCGAAUGGCAAUUGCUACAACAGGUAGAAAUAUCAUUAAGUGGUCCAUAAGACCAUCUUGGCCUUUGACACCUGUAAUCGGUUUUAACUGUUGUGAAUUCUAAAGUGUCGUAAACCAUCUUGGGACCUGCUGUUGAAGGGCAGGUAAUAAAUUUAAUCAUCAUCAUUAACAACAACAAUUUUCAAGUGGCCCAUGGGUGAAAAAGUUUGGGAGCUGCCACAAUAAUAAUCCCCAUGUCUACGUACACUUCACUCCAGAAUGUGCAAUUCUGUACAUGUUACUUGGCUGUUGAAUGGCCCUCCCUGCAAAAUUCAGAGAAGAGCAAAUUUCAAAGGACAACUGUGUUUCAAUUCGCAUUUCUUCCAGAAAGUGUGGAUUCGUUCAGUUUGCUUUUAAAUUUGUCCCCCAUCUCCAGCUGAUAGGGAAGACGAUGAGGAAAGGAUUGAGAUUCCUGCGCUGCAGGGGGUUGGACUAGAUGACCCUCAGGGUCCCUUCCAACUCUACAAUUCUAUGAUCCUAUGACUACUGUACUCGGGUAAUGCUUGUGGGCUUUCCAGAAGUGGCAUCUGGUUGUCUUCAGCGAGAACAGGAUGCUGGACUAGGUGGGCCUUAUAUAAUAACAGGCGGGCCUUAUAUAAUAAUAGGCAACAGCCCUUAUAAUAUAAUGACAGCCACUUGCAAUUAUUAUUUUUCAGUGCAAAAAAUAAAUUAAAAAAAAGGCGCCAGAAGCUUCAGAAAUCCUCCAGGUCCACAUGUGGUAGAAACAUUGGACUCCCCCCCCCCCCAAAAGCCAACCCCCUUACUCUUUUCUCAUUAAAGGGCUUGAGCAUUGUUGGUAAAUGUGGUUCCUUUUAAAAAAAAAAAAAAUAGCAAUCAUUUUUUUAAGGCUGAGAGCUUCUAUUCAGUGGGGAAAUUGGAACUCAUUUGCUGUUAGUUCUGCUGAGUGACUGUCCAGAUGAGUUUAUGAAGCCUGCAGAGAAUUAUCUACAGAGCGGCAGAAGCGCCCUGGCCGACCACGAGCGGGGAGAACCUUGGCUGCAUUUCCCUGCUCCCCCGCCACUGUACUGUGAUUUGCAGCCAUGUAUAAAACACUCUAUAAAAAUAAUUGGCUGGUGAUGGCCUUCCUCCUCCGGCCUUGCUAACAGAAAGGGCAUCAUUUAUUCUGACACUGGCUAGUCCAGAGUACCGGGGUUCAAAACACUAGACUGGGUCCAGACUCGUGGACUCGGAAAUGGCUUGAGUCCAUUGAUUUCAGUGGAUCUGCCCCAAGUCUAAAUUUAGGUGGAAUCUGCUCAUAAUCUUUGAUUAAAAUGGCAUUUAAAAAUAAACAAACAGACAGCAUAUAUAAGCACAUUCCUGCCCCCUCCAGCCCAAGAAUAUUUGGAAUUGUAGUUUGCUAAGAGUGCUAGGACUUAUAGAUUUGUGAGGAGUGAGCUACAGGUCCAGGGAUUUGGGGCAGUGAACUCUAAAUGCACGAUGCACACAGGCGUUUUCUGAGCAUUUUUAUCAUUAUUUUGUUAACCUAACAGGGGUUUAAAUGCUGAGAACUUAGACCAGGCAUCCCCAAACUCGGCCCUCCAGAUGUUUGGGACGACAAGCCCCAUCAUCCCUAGCUAACAGGACGAGUGGUCAGGGAUGAUGGGAAUUGUAGUCCCAAAACAUCUGGAGGGCCAAGUUUGAGGAAGCCUGACUUAGACACAAGUAAAAAGGUGAAAUACCGAGACACCAAGAUAAUAACUGAGUCGGUCUGCCACCACCCCCAUAUUUCUUCCUCCCUGAGCUGGACAAGGCUCCCUCAACUCAAUGAAGUGGCCAGUCACAUAAUCCAUUUUGAUAUAGUGAUUGUUGCAAGGGCUCGUUUAAUGAGUACUGCUGCUUUGAGGUUUAAUCUCUGAAGAAAUUAAAACGAGUGACGUUUGCAGGGAUUUAAAAACAACAACAAAAACCCAAAAGAGAGUGGUGCCCUGCCAGGCAGCAGGUGAAGUCCUGGAGUAUCUUUUUGGACACACCAUGGCAAUCAAAGACGCAGCUGCCCUCGUUCUAGUUGGGCCUCUGAGUUCAAAACAGGCUUCAGUAUCGCCUGCCCCAGGCUCCUGCACCAGAUCCAAGAGGAUGCUUUGUCCCUGCCUGGGCCCCCUGUAGAAAACCCAUAAUCUUAGCAAAGAUGGGCAUUUGCCCCUUCCCUUUGCAGUGACAAAGCAAGGCAGAUAAGGCAAGUCCUGCUUCUCCCUUAGCUCUGAAAAAAAGAGCAGAGGAUCCCAGUCAGAAUCGUCUGAGCAGAAUAAAAGCCUGACUAGCCGAGUGGGGAGUAGGGCUGGGCAACAUAUUGUCCAAAACAGGUUUGAAGUCCAUAUGGUGUGGGGUAUAAAUAAUGAAUUAUUUUAUUUAUUUAUUUAUUUAUUGGUGGUGGUAUAGGUUUCAUACUUUUUGACCUGGCAGCAUGUGGCGAAUCAUAAUGUGUGUGCUAUGCAAAAAUCACAAUGUGGGGGAAACCAUGAAGCCAGCCAAUGCCUCAACAUAGCUCCAUCCUUAUUUCAGACAUGUAUCAGUGUAUCGCGAUGUUUCGCUGGUGAUAUAUUGCAAUGUUGAAAACCAGAUAUUGCCCAGCCCUCGUGGGGAAUGGAGCGUCAUGGAAGAUGAGCCUAUAUCAAGCGGCUACUAAGGUUACCAGAUUUUUUUUCAAUGAAUCCGGGGACACUUUUCAAUUUCAAUAGGAAUGAUAGGAUUUUGUCUGGGGACUGAUUUGUAAAUCCGGGGACUGUCCCUGGGAAACAGGGAUGUCUGGUAACCUUACUAACUAACAUUGAUGGCUAUGUUCUCCUUCCACUGCAGUGUGCUGGGAAUCACAAGUGGGGAAAGAGGGUCGUUGCGCUCUGAUCCUGUUUGCAGCCUUCCCAUAGGGGCAUCUUGCUUGCCCUCUGUGAGAACAGGAUGCUGGACUAGACGGGCCGUGGGCCUGAACUAGCACAGCUCCUCUUAUGCUCCUAUCAACCUGGGCCUAGCCCAGUGCUCUAACCACUAUGCAACACUGCCCAGAACCAUCCCAGCUUGCAGUGUGCAACCAUAGAGGAUCACAUGCUAGAGCGGCCUCUCAGUUCAUGCAGGGAGACAUGCAAUGUACACCCUGGAAACGCUGCCCCCCCCCCGCAAACCUUCUGCUUAGUGCUGAGAUUUCUCAUUGCCAGGCAGGCUGGUGUAAAAACACUGCCAUAAAAAAAUAAAAACUAAGGGGUAAUAGGGAGAUGUCUUGUACAGUCAUUAGGGAGGACACAAAGAGAUGGAAUGAAACAAGUAGUAUCAGAUCUUGUCACUUAAAUUGGUAUUUAGCAGCAGGAGGGUAAUGAUGUCAGAGGGGGGGUUGCUUUAUGUUUCUAACCGUUUUUACUCUAGAGGCUUAUUACUACAGUCUUUGGAUGUAUCAGCCUGCCUUGUGCAGAAUUGGACCCAUCAAUCCAGACUGGCCCAGUACACAGAAUGCUGUGCCUGCGGCAGAUCUCAAAGGCUUCCAGACAGACGCUGGGCCCUGGGCCUCAGUUCAUAUCUAUCGAUACCCACACACCAUGCCUUGGGGACGAACUAGAGCCAUCCAUUCAGGCUACUGGUGGUCAGAUGGGGAACCUCUGGCCAGAUUAGGCUUGUGGGACUGUUUUCUCCAAACAACAUCCCUCUGUCCCACAUCUGAUGCCAUAUAGAUGAUGUCAACACAACUGGUUGGUGCUUACAGAAAGCCUGAUUGGCUGUUGUGGUUAUAUCAAGUGAUUGACAGGUGGGCGGCCCAGCCCACUUGUCAAAAUGGCCCAUAGGUGGUGGGAGAAAUUGCUCGGGAUCCAGUUUAGAAUCCGUUUUAGAUUCUGGUUUACCAAGCAGAGAUACAACUUGGUCUAGUCCUUAGAGAUCAUCCAGGGAGGUGGCAACUUUAUGUCUGUCACACCACUUCAGACCUAAUUGUGGAGGUCCAUGUAGCUGAAUAUUCCACCAAACAAAAUCAAGAUUCUCUGCCUAUGGGAAGCUAGCAUGUCAGGGUGAAGGCCUUCCCAUUGGCAAGCUAGUUGUCUAUGUGCAGGGAGAUUACACACACACACACACACACACACACACACACACACACACAAUCCCAGGGAGCAUUCUGUCAUGAAAUACUGCCUCCUGUCUGCAGCCUGCUGCAUCACAGGCUGCCUACCUCAUUGGAAGCUUGUAAGAACAAGACCUAACUUUUAAUUUUUUAAAAAACCUACAACUCUAGCUACAAACAUCCAACAUGCAAUGCAAGGUUUGCCCAACCUCGUGUCAAGAAGAGCUUCAAUACCUAAAUAGGGGAACUGUGUGUUUUUCAAUUGAAAUAUCUGUAUAUUCUUCAAAGAAAGACAAUGUGGUUUACACUUGAUAAAUUUACCAUACACAACUUUUUAGAAGUCAUGAGUCAAAGGGAAAAACGGAAAGCCCAAAGUAAUCAGGAGCAGACCUUGGUAAUAUGGAGCCCUGAGCGAGGACAAAAUUUGGGACAAUUUUUCUUAUUUUCACAAUCAUUCCUUUUGGUACAGUUGCUUUUUAUGGAUCUUCUCAGUAGGUACCCAUAUAAAUAUAUGUUUUAUUAUUAUUUCGUGCCCCCUUGACUCACGGCCCUGUGUGGGAGAACUGCCUGCAGUGCCCUAAAUCCAGCACUGAAUUAAUCCCACCCAACAGCCUUUCACGUUUAGGGUGAUUGGCUGAGUUAAAUGCUGAUGUCACAAAGGAAGCUUUUCAGAUGCUUGAAGCAAUUUGAAGUUAUGUUCAGUUCAGUAAGCAGUGACUGAAUAGGUUAGCAGCCUUUCGGUGGGACAAGACAUAUAGAAAACUUCAUGGUGGAACCUGGCUUCCAUGAAAGGACGAAAAAGGUAGUGACGUCAUCUUAUUUUGCGUUUUUGAUAAAACACACAAACAGAACAUUGGGAAAUCCAGUCAACCAUAGAUUUCCCUUUAACGUGGGGCCUUGCAAAGAAAAUUUUGCAUUGGGGUGCUAGGAGAGGGGAACCAGAAAAUGUAACGACAGGGAGGAAAGAAAAGCCUAGAAGCGAAAUGUUCUGGAGAGAAACUUUUUUUUUAAAAAAAUAAUAUUCCUGAGGACUAGAAACAUGGUUGUUUUAAAAACAAAACUAUAAUGGAGAGCUGUGAUGCUUCCCACUGUAUCACUACAGUGGUACCUCGGGUUACAUAUGCUUCAGGUUACAUAUGCUUCAGACUCCGCUAACCCAGAAAUAGUGCUUCAGGUUAAGAACUUUGCUUCAGGUUGAGAACAGAAAUCGUGCUCCGGCGGCGCAGUGGCAGCAGGAAGCCCCAUUAGCUAAAGUGGUGCUUCAGGUUAAGAACAGUUUCAGGUUAAGUACAGACCUCUGGAACGAAUUAAGUACUUAACCCGAGGUACCACUGUAGUGAUGGCGAAUCCAGAGGCCCUCCAGAUAUUGAUAGACUAUCCCUAACCCCAGUUUGCCCCAGAUCUGCAUAACAUUUGGUCAGGGAUGAUAGGAGCUGUACCCUAAGAACUUCAGCUUCCCCAUCCAUCCACCAUUCCGAGCUUGCAUAGCACCGAACCAACUGAAGCUGUUUUUCAGAAACACCACCCAGUUCCUUACUCCCUCCCCACCCCAAACCCCACACACUUCUUUCCUUUGAAAACUGGCCAACACAGUCUCUUAUUAUUAGGAUUUAAAUAACAUGCUCUUGCUUUUAAACUUUGAGCUUAGUGGAGAGUUAAUGAGAUGUUGCAUUUUCCAUGGGCUUUAGAUAAUUUUAGAAUUUUGUGCAGUUGGGCUUUUACGGUUGGGUGUAUUUUCAAAGACAUCACAGACCGCUUGAAGCAGUUCUUUGCCUCAAGCGGCAUAUUUAACAAACAGCUAAGCACAUAAGCCCGCUCACUCUCGAAUACACCUUCUGGGGUGGGAUUUUUGCACUGCAAUUAAAUGUAAGUGCAUAAAAUGAUCAUGCUGGAGCCCACCAAGUCUGUUCUCAUAAUGGCCUCUCAGAUUAUUCAAUAAUUUAAGUAAGCCAUGAUUGUUACCCUCAGUCCUCCUCCUGGUUGACCUUUCUUGUAAGAAUUAUUCCUAUUUUUUGGUAUAUUACAAUUGCAUCUUGCCUGUCCUCCACGGAACUCAAGAACACAUCGUGCUGCCCUCACAACAACCCUGUGAGGUAGAUCAGGCUUGCGAGGUGGUCCCUAGCGCAAGGUCACCCGAUGAGCUUCUUGACAGAGAGGGGAUUUCGACCUGCAUAUCCCUGAACCUAGUUUGACACUCUCAACCACAAUUCCAGGGGUGGGGAAUCUGUGGUCCUCCAGAUGGUGUUGGACUCCAACUCCCAUCAGCCUUAAUCAGCAUAGCCAGUGGUCAGGGAUGAUGGGAGUUGUAGUAAAAAAACAACAACCUGGAGGGUCGCUGGUCCCUUGCAUUCUUCAACACUACAACACACCAAGCUCCUAUGACUGAGAUCAUGAACUUGAGGCACUUGGAACAUUGAAAUCAGAAUUGUACGUAUGCUUUAGACUCAGAACAUGGGAGCACAGGAAACUGCCUUCUACAGAGUCAUACCAUUGGUCCAUCUAGCUCAGUACUGUCUACACCAGUGAUGGCCAAAUUUGGCCCUCCAGAUGUUUUUGGGACUACAACUCCCAUCAUCCCUACCUAACAGGACCAGUGGUCAGGGAUGAUGGGAGUUGUAGUCCCAAAACAGCUGGAGGGCCGAGUUUGGCCACAACUGGUCUACACUGACUGGCAGCAGCUUUCUAGGGUUCCAGGCAGGGUCCUCUCCCAGCCCUGCCUGGAGAUGAUGUGGAUUUAAAAUCAAACCUUCAGCAUGCGAGACAGAUGCUCUACUACUGUGUUAUACAGCCCUCACUCCCACUCCAAAUCUCCAAGUGUGUUUCCUUAUGUAGCCAAAUUAGCACCAUUCAGGCCUAAGAGGGAAACUCCAAGCUUUGCAGAAGUGUAAAAAUAUUUAGGGUAAAAUAAACCCAAGGGAGAGAAAAUGCAAAAACAACUCAGUGCGAGAAUUGAGGAUGUUCCCUGGGCACAGAAUGAACCGGCUGACUGUUUUGCAGGGGAGGAAAUCGGAUGUGGGAGGAGGGAAGAAAUGGAGUAGCUCAGGAAAGGGCACAAUUGACUGGCUGGCAUCCUGAACAGAAGCACUCCGCACUGCAACAUUUGGUUGCAGAUCCCACUGGUCACGAGUCACUGCCAAUAUUUGCCAUUAGCUUGGGCGUGAGUCAGGUUCUUAAGUCUUCCCACUUUGAAGCCAGCGCAUAUUUAUUAACGACAAAUUUGUGGCUUGGCUCUAAGCACCAGCAAAAAGCCACUCAAAAAAGGAAGAAAGAACAAACUUCAAAAGGGCAGGGAAAUAUCAAGGAAGCUCUUAACAAAGCUGACUCCCGUCUGGAAAAGCUGAGCUGUGAAUAAACACACACAAGCCUUGAAUUUGACUUUAAAAAUAAAGCGCUUAGCACGGUGCUCUGGCUUUGCCUCCUCUCACCUUGGCGGUAAGCGUGUCACUCAGGCCAACUUGAUCUGAGGCCAAAGCGACCUGACCUGCUUAGCCAGGGCUUGCAACUAUGCAGGGGGUUCAUUUUGUGACCAAGACAAUUCACAGUUUGUGCCCCUUUUCGUUCAGAUCCUGUGCUCAGCAAUCACAACUCUGCAGCAACCUUGUAUUAUCCAUUGUAAUGAUCAGGCUGUUCCUCAAUGUUUUUACUCUGCUCUUUCAGCAAAUAAGGUGCUAGGCUUUUAAAAUAGGCAGUGAGUAAAUGCAGUAUAAUGCAGAAGGAUGAUGACCAGCACAAACAUUGGCCUGAAAUAGCCAGGUGCUUCUUAUGUUUUUAAGACAGAGAAAACAAUUGAUGUACACAUGCAUGGAAGAGUUUUCUCUCACUCGACAGUUGGCUCAGAUGAACACAGCUCUCCCCACUGUCCUUCGCAGCAGUCUUACCCUGCCAGACUAGAGAGAGCUGUUUCUUUCCACCCUCCUGCGCUUUUGGAAGCAAGCAAACCUUGAAAAAAAAUGCUUGGAUGGUGCAAAGCUGUGGUGUGAAUUAAUUAGCCAAGUGUUUCCAGUUAGGUUUUAUUCCUUUUUUUGCUUUUUCAGCAUCACAGCUGCAAACGCCAACCAUUUCCACCCCGACUCCCUGAUCCUCGCCCUCCAUUCACACCCAAUACAAAGGAGGGAGGAGAACAAAUCUAAUAAGCAAAGUAUAGAAAAUACGGUACAGAAAACGCCAAGCCUCCCACACUAAAGCCACAGCUUGGUUUAUUUUAAUUCCGCCAGCACUGUCUCGUGAGAUUCCAAGGAACUAUCAAUGUGAGGGAAAAUAUGUUUCGAGGUGUCCUGUUGGCAUUAUUAAUUACAUUUUAUCCUGCCCUUCCUAUAGGGAGCUCAGGAUUAUGUACGUAGUUCUCCUCUCUCUCUCUCUCUCUCUCUCUCUCUCUCUCUUUCCUCACAACAACCUGACAAGGUAGGGGAUGGCCAAGAGAUGCAACACAGCUUUAUGGCUCCGUGGGGAUUUGAACCCAAGUCACUAAUAACUGCACCUUGCUAGUUUUUUCAGCGGCCACAGUGGCAUCUGCAAAAGCAUGAUGGAACUGUUUUUGCAAGCGUCGCUGCUUGACAGUGCUCACAAACCUCGCUUUCAGCCAAGCUGCAUCAUUACACCUGGCGUAGGGCAGGUAAACAUGGCAGGGCCGAAACAGCUUCGUCAAAAGCCUAAUUUGGCCCGCAGACCAGAGGUUUCGCACUGCGGUUUGAUAUAUUGGAGGACGGCUGCCAAAACGAGGGCCCAGUGAGAUCAAAGUUUCAGCAUCAGGGCAGCCAAAGAUGCGCAUGUUGCACUAAUGAUGCACUCGUUAAGAGAGGUAGUGAAGAAUGGGGUCUUGGCCCUGAAUGACUCUAUUGAAAGGCCUCUGGAGCUAGAGAAACCUCCCUUUAAACGCUCCCCUGCCAACUCUUUUGUUGCGUUCGAAUUAAAAUUCCACACCGUCAGGCAAACACAGCCACACACCAUAGUGGAUUUAUCAGUGUUUGCUGCGAUGAGGGUGGGUUUUUUUGUUUAUUUUUGGCCUAGCGAGGCGCUUUGUGCCUGAGGUGAUUAUUAAACCAAGCGUGUUAAAAUGACAACCUCAGAGGAACACAAUGCCUUGCUGCUCUUAUUUAUUUGGCAGCUUUUACACACACAAUUAAUUUAACCUUGCAAAUAGCCGCCUCCCUUUUGUCGGCAUCUAGGAUGCUGCUGAGGCUCCAGGCAGUCCACCUGACACGGUUUGACAUCUGCUGUGGGACCCCCGCCCCCAAAAAUGACCUGCUGGAUCUAGCAGCUGCCAUUUAUAAAUUUCCCACAAUGCCUUGGAGUCUACAACUGCCAUGUUAAAUGGAGGCUGGGGUUGUGGGGGUUGACUUUGCCAAAGCUCCCACCCCAAUCACAUCUUGAUCUUCUCCCCCCAAAAUGGUACAUGAGGGGUACCCUAGAGUUACCCCAGCCCCAAAGUAAAUGCUUCCUUACCUCAUAAUGAAAGUCCAGGCAGAAGAGGCAAAAGGCAGUGGUGUAAUUUUCAGUACAGCAACCAAGCAGCCAAACUGAGGGUGCCUGGAGGACAUUAAAAUUAGUAUUUGGGGCCAGAGGUUGUAGCUCUUUCCACCCCCAAGCAAGGAACUAUGGGAGUUGUAGUCCAGUGAACAACAGGCAGGCCAAUAAAACUACACUUCCCAAGGGUCUUUGCAAGCAGGCUUGUCUGUUAACCCUCAUUUAUAGGGCCUGGGUUUUUUUGCAUACAUUAUAGGGUUGCUAUAUUUCAGAAAGCAAAAACCAGGACACCCCAAAAUUGAGCCAAAUGUCUCUGGCUUGCAAAUGUAGCCAUGGGUCUGAAAUGGUCGGCAACCUCUACCCUAAAUCAGCAUUAUUUUAUUUAACUGUUUAUUCUGCUGUUCUUCCAAGGUGCUCAGAGGCAGCACACAUGGUCCCGCCCCACAUUUAACUGGGCUCCUUUGGGUAGGAAGAGCUGGGCAGAAACCAAAGAAAUAAAACAAUAAAACUUGUAUUGGCAGCUGUGCCACGUUUAACCUUUCGGAGCUCCUAGCUUUCCGGCAUGUACAGACAUGUUUUUGUAAAGCUGUUGUUCCUUGGCGUUUUUGCAGGUGA